AUGGCACAGUGGACAUUGACAUCGAGGGCCAUCAAAGGCUGGAGCGGAUCCAUCUCGUAUUCUGUUUCGGCCAUUCUCGAGACCGAACACCAAUUCAAAUGCAUCCCUGUGGCCCUCCCAUCAACCAAAUCUGACCCCACGGCAACUCUUCUAGAUGAUAUCGAAGCUGUCAGAAGCGUCAUUCUCGCCGAAACCACUCAAGGACGAGGUGUCGUGGUUGUGGUGCACUCCUAUGGUGGCAUUCCAGGACAAAGUGCGAUCAAGAGCUUCGCUUUGCCCAGAAGGAAACAUAACACUCCAUCUUCAUCCUCAACAACGGCACAGAACAGGACAUCUGGCCAUGUCAUUAGCCUCAUCGUAAUGACAUCUGGCUUUGUUGUUCCCGCAAAAUCUUUCCUUGACGGCCUCGGCGGUCAACCACCGCCAUCCUGGAAACUCGAGCCGGAGAGCGGCUUCGCUGUGAUUGUCGCCGACCCUCAGGAACUAUUUUACCACGACCUCUCUGAAGAGGAGGGCAAGGCGUGGGUCAGCGAGCUCACCAAGCACUCGCUGAAAACAUUGACAGAAGGUGAUGAACAUACUUCCGCCGGGUGGAUGGAGGUGCCUGUGUGGUACCUUGCCACCAAGAAUGACAAGGCCUUUCCGGUAGAAGCACAGAGAAUGUUUGUGCAAAUGGCGCGAGAUGGAGGAGCAGACAUUACCUUGAGAGAAAUAAAAAGCAGUCAUUCGCCCAUGCUCAGUAGGCCCGAGGAGACGGUGCAGUUUAUUUUGGACGCAACGAACGCGUUUCUGGGCUGA